AUUGUCGGGGACUGGUGGGCUGCAGGCAGCCUGUGCUGCUGCCUGGGAGUCGAUUUCCAUCUUUCAGACACUAGUUAGAAUGGGCCGUGCGUGGUGGAAGGGGGUGGAAGUCGAGGGGAGGAGAUGCUGCGAGCGGAGUUCUUGACGCUCCACUCCUCCGGGAAGCCGAGCCGUGUGGCCGCCUUCCUCCCGAGCAGGGAGCGUGUGAGCUGGAAGGGAUCCUGAGAGCUGGCUGGUCCCAGGUCCCCUCCGGAAAAGCGGCUGCCCUCGCUUCGGAGAUGCGCCCAGCCUUCGCCUGCAUCACACUGCAGUCUUUAAUGUAUUAUUGAAACUACAAACUCCCAUCCACAGUGGUUUCAUGUUGACAGAUUGCAUAUUUUGAGAGCUUGAGAUAUUUUAUAAUGAAACAUGCCAUGUGGAAACUUUGAAGCAUAGAAUCCUGCCAAACACCUGAAUAAAGAAUUCCUCACCUGGUAUGUAAGAGACUUCUCACUACCACCAUGACAAACCAGGAGAAGUGGGUCCACCUCAGCCCCUCAGAAUUUUCCCAACUUCAGAAAUAUGCUGAGUAUUCCACAAAGAAAUUAAAGGAUGUUCUUGAAGAAUUCCAUGGUAACGGCGUGCUUGCAAAGUAUAAUCCUGAAGGGAAACAAGACAUUCUUAACCAAACAAUAGAUUUUGAAGGUUUCAAGCUAUUUAUGAAGACAUUCUUGGAAGCAGAACUUCCCGAUGAUUUCACAGCACACCUUUUCAUGUCAUUUAGCAACAAAUUUCCUCAUUCUAGUCCAAUGGUAAAAAGUAAACCUGCUCUCCUUUCAGGAGGUCUGAGAAUGAAUAAAGGUGCCAUCACCCCUCCCCGUACUUCUCCUGCAAAUACGUGUUCCCCAGAAGUAAUCCAUCUGAAGGACAUUGUCUGUUAUCUGUCUCUCCUUGAAAGAGGAAGACCUGAGGAUAAACUCGAGUUUAUGUUUCGUCUCUAUGAUACAGAUGGGAAUGGCUUCCUGGACAGCUCGGAGCUAGAAAAUAUCAUCAGUCAGAUGAUGCAUGUGGCAGAGUACCUGGAGUGGGAUGUCACUGAACUUAAUCCAAUCCUCCAUGAAAUGAUGGAAGAAAUUGACUAUGAUCAUGACGGAACAGUUUCUCUGGAGGAAUGGAUCCAAGGAGGAAUGACAACAAUUCCACUUCUUGUCCUGCUAGGCUUGGAAAAUAACGUGAAAGAUGAUGGACAGCAUGUGUGGCGACUCAAGCACUUUAACAAACCUGCCUACUGCAAUCUUUGCCUGAACAUGCUGAUCGGCGUGGGGAAGCAGGGCCUCUGCUGUUCCUUUUGCAAGUACACAGUCCAUGAGCGCUGUGUGGCUAGAGCGCCUCCUUCUUGCAUCAAGACUUAUGUGAAGUCCAAGAAGAACACUGAUGUCAUGCAUCAUUACUGGGUUGAAGGUAACUGCCCAACCAAAUGUGAUAAGUGCCACAAAACGGUUAAAUGUUACCAGGGCCUGACAGGACUGCAUUGUGUUUGGUGUCAGAUCACACUGCAUAAUAAAUGUGCUUCUCAUCUCAAACCUGAAUGUGACUGCGGACCUUUGAAGGACCAUAUUUUGCCACCCACCACAAUCUGUCCAGUAGUGCUGCAGACUCUGCCCACUUCAGGAGUUUCAGUCCCUGAGGAAAGACAAGCAACAGUGAAAAAGGAAAAAGGUGGUUCCCAGCAGUCAAACAAAGUGAUAGAUAAGAACAAAAUGCAAAGAGCCAACUCUGUGACGGUGGAUGGGCAAGGCUUACAGAUUACUCCUGUUCCUGGUACUCAUCCGCUUUUAGUUUUCGUGAACCCCAAAAGUGGUGGGAAGCAAGGAGAGCGAAUUUAUAGAAAAUUCCAAUAUCUACUAAAUCCUCGUCAGGUUUACAGUCUUUCUGGGAAUGGACCAAUGCCAGGGUUAAACUUUUUCCGUGAUGUUCCUGAUUUCAGAGUGUUAGCCUGUGGUGGAGAUGGAACCGUGGGGUGGAUUUUGGACUGCAUAGAAAAGGCUAAUGUUGUCAAGCAUCCUCCAGUUGCUAUUCUGCCUCUUGGGACCGGCAAUGAUCUAGCAAGAUGCCUGCGAUGGGGAGGAGGUUAUGAAGGUGAGAAUCUGAUGAAAAUCCUAAAAGACAUUGAAAACAGCACAGAAAUCAUGUUGGACAGGUGGAAGUUUGAAGUCAUACCUAAUGACAAAGAUGAGAAGGGAGACCCAGUGCCUUACAGUAUCAUCAAUAAUUACUUUUCCAUUGGCGUGGAUGCUUCCAUUGCACACAGAUUCCACAUCAUGAGAGAAAAACACCCAGAAAAAUUCAACAGUAGAAUGAAGAACAAAUUUUGGUAUUUUGAGUUUGGCACAUCUGAAACUUUCUCAGCCACCUGCAAGAAGCUACAUGAAUCUGUAGAAAUAGAAUGUGAUGGAGUACAAAUAGAUUUAAUAAAUAUCUCCCUGGAAGGAAUUGCUAUUUUGAAUAUACCAAGUAUGCAUGGUGGAUCCAAUCUUUGGGGAGAGUCUAAGAAAAGACGAAGCCAUCGCCGAAUAGAGAAAAAAGGGUCUGACAAAAGGACCACACUCACAGAUGCGAAAGAGUUGAAGUUUGCAAGUCAGGAUCUGAGUGAUCAGCUGCUGGAGGUGGUCGGCUUGGAAGGAGCCAUGGAGAUGGGACAAAUAUACACAGGUCUGAAAAGUGCUGGGAGGCGGCUGGCUCAGUGCUCCUCUGUGCUCAUCAGGACUAGCAAGUCUCUGCCAAUGCAGAUCGAUGGAGAACCAUGGAUGCAGACCCCAUGCACAAUAAAAAUUACACACAAGAACCAAGCCCCAAUGCUGAUGGGUCCUCCUCCAAAAACCGGGUUGUUCUGCUCCCUCGUCAAAAGGACAAGAAACCGAAGCAAGGAAUAAACCUGUCUCAUUUUAUUCUUAGAGAUCUAAUUAGCAUAAUUGGGCCAUGGAAACUUAUGCUGGAAAUCUUUGAACCAUUUCAAUUCUCUUGCUCACGCAAAAUCAUAAAAUUGGUUUAACAGUUUUUGUUACUGAGCUAAUGUACAAUUCAGCUAUUAGAAAAUUUGUCUCAGUUUUUAUAGGCAUCUUUGCAUGAAGAAGGCAGAAGUUUACAUGAAGUGGUACUGCAUAUUUUUGUUGCAUGCAUUCCCAUAGAUUUUUAUGUCUCCCACUCAUUCCUCCCUCAGUUUCCAUUUGCUACCCUAUGAGAGAAAUCUGUGAAACAUAAAGGAAAUACCAUGGGAAAGCUAAUUCUCUGUGUGAUUCCAAUUAUUGAUAAGCACUAAUCAGUAUUGCUACAAUGAUCAUAACCACAGAUUGUGAUACUUUUCCCUUUUAAAUUCAGUGUAUCAGUGAUCUUUGAACUAUGACUUGAAGAGAAACUUUUACUAGGAAGGCUUUAUUAAAUAGUUGACUACAACACCUUGCUGUAUCUAAAUAGUUUUUCUUCAACAUCUUAAUGCUUCUGAGUGGAAUAUAAAAUAUCAGGUAUAAAGUUUUCUUGUGCUAAAAAAAUAGAAAGUGAUUUUUAUUUUGUUUCAUUUUGUUUCUCAUUCCUGAAAUAAGUGAAAACAGAAACAAGUUACUUGGCAGCAAAGUGUGGUAAUAUGACAAGCCUUAUUCCUUUCUGCAUGUAGAUCUAGAAGAAAAUUCAUAACCACACCAGUAACCAAAUAUAUUUUUGAAACUAUGUGCCUAAUAUACUAUUUCCCACCAAAGAUUCAGAACAAGAUGUUUGAGAGAAAUGGGUUAAUGUAUAAUUAAUUAGCAUUGUGGAGAAAAUGUAUUGUUCUCAUGAUUAAUUUUUUAAUGACUUAAACUCUGGAAGAGAGUGAAUUACCCAUUAUAACUAAAAUUGUCACCUUAUGCAGACAAUAGGCCAUACAACACAAUCAAAGCUCAAUCGCUGAUUUCUUGCUUUUUUUGGGUCUUUUAUAAAUAUAGGUAUCUGUAAUUUUUAAUGGAUCAGUUAAGUGCACUUGAGAAAGUAAAUGAUUGUAUCAGUUUUGUUCUAGUAUAAAUUGAUACCUCUAAGGACUAUUAAGCUCACUGAAGCCAAUCAUGCAUGCAUUUAGUCCUCUCCCAUGUCUAUACCACUCCCAUCUCUACGACAUUUCGAAUGUUUAUUUGGAAAUGUUGGUCCAGAUCAUUGUUUACAGUAUUCAUGGUAUGGUUGGAGUCUCUGUUGAAAGAAAUCAUGGAAUAUGUACUUUUCUUAGUGUUUCAUUAAAUUUAUGUGAUAAGAUGAAAUGCUAUUCUUGGCAGUUUGAGUAUUGUUCACUCAUAUUGACCUGCAUCUCAUCAUUGCAUGUUUUAUGUUUUUAAACAUGCCAUAAGGAAAACAAGUGCUUGAAAUGCAUGAUUUAUUAGUUUUUCCCUCCACUCUGCAUUAAAGUACUAAUGAUUUAUCAGUUCUGUUUUUCUAUUGAUUCAUUCAUCUUUGAAUAACAAAUAGCAUUUAGUGAUUCUGUUGAACACAGUCCUGUGCAUGGAUUUAUGGAUUUCAAGUGAAAUUGCUAUAAUUUUUGUUCUUUGGUUUGAAAACUCAACUGAAUGCUGUUAUAUCAAAUAGCUACUCUCAAGCAAUGUACUAUAAUGGAAGAUUUUGUAUAAAGCGUAUUAUUUUAGUGUUCCAGGAACAUUAGAUGGUAAAUAUCAAUCAACAAUAAGUUUAAUUGCUUUGAAAAUAAAAGCUUUUGAAUAAAAUUAAGACAUAAUUUAGCAUUCCCAGGAAAAUUAUCAUUACAAUUGCAAAUGUAGCACAGCAAUCACUUGCCCUAGUAUAAUAAAAAAAAAAAAAAGUUAUUUGGCAGCACAGUAAUCUGGAGCAAAAGAAAUCUCUAAACAGUAACAAAUGCAUUACUGACAUAAUGUUACAUAACACACACAUUGAUUUUGUGUAUCUAUGGUUACAGGUAAUAAAUAUUUUUACAUAAAUUGACAAAAUUUUCUACAAUGGGCCGGCAGGCUUUGUAUCAAAACAUAUUCUGAAGCCACAAAUUAUUUUAUGUUCAGUACACAUACAAUUAUGUCUUGGCUACCUUUUAUAGUAUGUAGUGUGAAGGCAGCAACAGUUUGUGAAUCAUUCUUAACAAUCUGUGCAGUAGAAAGCUGUUGAAGAGACAGUGGGAUGGGACAAAUCAAACACCCUGCCUAUCAGAUUUCCAUAGUUGAAAUAAAGGGAUGCAGCUUUACUUCAGUGUAGCUACGUAACUAUAAUUAGUGAUAAUAGUAGUUACAUUUUUCAGUCAGAAUUCAUUGGUACAAAUAAUAAAUGUUCAAAUAGGAAUCAAAUGUUACUGUCUUCAACUCAUUUUCUAAAGAUACUGAUGUGCUUGCCCUCCAAAUACACUACUCCUGGGGUUUGGAAAGUAGUUUUUAAAAACCUGACUUUGAUGGUUUUAAAAAUCAGAGAAGAUAUUCUUUCCAUUUUUAUGACAGCUUCAAGUGAAGAAUAUAUAUUUUAAGGAAAAUUCUCAAAGGAAAGUUCUAUGGUAUAUUAAAAUAUUGAAUAAUGAAUGUUAGCUUUUCAAGAUGGAAUUUUUUCUUCUCUGUGUGUGGGUGCGUUGUUGAGUCAACCUCUUUUAAAUAUAGUAGAAAUUGUAGUAUAAAGUUUUAAGUAGAUGAAACUCUAAAGUAAAAAAUUAACACUGGACUUGCAGGGGACAGAGGAACAGGGGAAAAGAGAUAGGCUUUUUGCUAAACAGUGCAAUACACCAAGUUGAUACACACUCCAGAAGAAUCUUGGGCGGAUCAGCCAUGCUUCCAAUAGGAAUGGACAUGUCUAUAUGGACCCAGAAAUUUUAAAGGACAUAAAUGUAUUUUUCCACAUACAUAUGUAUACCAUGAGUAUUUGAAGCAAAAAGUGCUGGUCAGAUUAUUUGUGGAGAAAGGAGGCAUCUUGUAGAAGGUGAAUAAAAGCAAACUUUUAAAACAGUUUUCAUGUUUAAACUAUCUAUGUGAUUAUAGCCAUAACAAAGCAGAAGGCUCAGAUGUUUAGUGUAGUCUACUGCAGGUAGAAAUUUAAAUCCGAUGAAUUGUGUAUAUGUUUCUGCAUUUUGUUCUUUUUUUCUGUUUUAGGGGGAUGGGAAAUAAUUGCAGCUUUCAAGGAAGAAUCUGUGUUGAAUCUCAGACUGUAUUCUAUUUUGAAUGAGACAAAACUUUUAAAUGGUUCCAUUCCUUUUUGUGUCAGUUUGUUGUUUAUUGUUUAUAAAAAGGAAAAUGUACCUUUCAUGGCACAUAUAACCCCCAAACAAUUAUUCAAAUACAGUAUGUAUAUUCUAAACUAAACAAUGAAGCCCUUGUAAUAUAUGUUAAGGAUGUAAAAUUUAAAUAAAUAAAUAAACAAAUAAAACCCGCAAAAGAGCUUUUAUUUUGUGACAGGCAGAAAUCACCCCUUUUGUCUCCCAACUAUAUUACAUUCUAUUUAGGUAAAAUUUGAACAAACUCACGUUGAAGGAUUCUAUACAUCCUUAUUGUGGUUUUAAAAAAAAAAGGAAUUCACUUCGUUACAGUACCUUAUUAUUUUUUAGAAGGUGUU